CAGCACUUCACGAGGCGGCAAGUGCCGCAAGUCGCAACAUCGGAGGGCAACCGGGUGAAGGCAGAGCCCAGCAGAACCCCUGCCAUCAUGCGUGCCCCUUCGCUGAUAAGUCCCUCUACAAGAGCCAUAUGGCGCCUCCCAAGUUGUUUUGUCACAGUGCUCCACCCCCGGACACGCUAUCCUCAUGUGGGAAGCGGGCGUGCCUUCUCGACGACCACGUCGACCAAGGGGCACGACAAGGAAUUCCAACGGCCAGCCUAUAACCCAAUCAGUGAUGUUGAAUAUCUCGAAUACUAUAUACCCGGUGGAUACCAUCCCGUCACGAUCGGAGACGUUCUACGUGCGAGGUACCGCGUGGUAGACAAGCUUGGCUUCGGCGGUUAUUCCACAGUUUGGCUUGCGCAAGACACCAAGCUCGGCUGUUACGUCGCCGUCAAAGUUGGCAUCGUCAAAUCGCCACCACGGGAAACUGCAAUUCUGCGCGACCUUGCCACGCCACUGCCAGUUCCUCCACCGGCGUCUCUCGGCCACUCUUCCAUCCCGGUGCCCUUGGACGAGUUCGAGGUGAAAGGCCCAAACGGGACGCACCCUUGUUAUACCAUGGCGCUGGCGCAAUGUGACCUGCGGACGGCUUCAUACAGCCAACUCUUCCAGAUCGACGUGGCGCGGGCAUUGUGUGGUGGCGUUGCCCUCGCCGUCGCCUAUUUACACGCACGGGGUUACGCCCAUGGAGACAUCCACCUCGGAAACAUCCUCGCCCGCCUUCCACGCCAACCAAACCAGCUCUCGAUCGCGCAGUUCUACGACGAGCACGGCAAACCCGAGACCAUCCCCAUCACCCGACGCGACGGCAACCCCCUCCCACCCAACAUCCCCCCCACCGCCGUCGCCCCACUCAACCUCGCCGCCGACAAACGCGCGCACGAAUUCUCUCUCGGCACCGACACGCAAAUCCUCCUCAGCGAUUUCGGCGAAGCCCACGCCCCGGCCUCGGAGCCCCGUCCCGGCAGAGACUGCCACACACCGCUGGGGUCGCGGCCGCCCGAGGCCCGGUUUGAGCCGGACGCGCCCCUCUCCUAUCCCGCCGACGUUUGGGGUCUCGCCAUCACCAUGUGGGAAAUUGUCGGCAUGAAGGCGAUUUUUAGCAAUGAGUUCACGACGGCGGAUGAGGUUACCGCGCAGCAGGUGGAUGUUUUGGGGUAUGGUGGCAUGCCGUUGGGUUGGUGGGAGCGUUGGGAGGGGAGGGGGCGGUUCUUUGGUGAGGACAAGCGUCCGCAAGGGCGGAAGGAGGUGCGGCCUGCGCUGGAGGACGCGUUUGAGGAGUUUGUUCAGAAGUAUAGGCGGAAGCGGGCUGAGGUGGGGGUCUUUGGUGAGGAGGAGACGGCGGCUAUUGUGGACUUGAUGCGGAAGAUGCUGGCGUUCCGGCCGGAGGAACGGCCGACGGCUGAUGAGGUGUUGAAGUCGGAAUGGAUGGUGAAGUGGGUGUUGCCUGACUUUGAGCGGGGCCGACAAAGAGCUGGUCGGGAAGUGUCGGACAGCCCAUGAUACCAUUCAUGCCCGGGUUGUGGUUAGGGUUACCAUGUCUCACAAGUCCUGGUGGGAUUACUGAGGUUAUGUUGUAGCGAGCCCGUGGGCGCUAGUGUAAAGAAUGCCUGGAUGAAAAUCCCAGCAGGAGCGUCCGGUGGGAGGGGUGUGUAGGUCAAGUAUAUCCGUGAAAAGAAGCUAUAGCAUGUCUCGAUUUGGAAUAGUUACGCCCUUGAUAGUAUUUGGUAGGUGGCUUUUAGGCGUUUCCUUAAAACCAGACCCUCCUCUACGUCGGCUAUCCUACCUCGGUAC